GACCUGAGCUAGCAGUGAGUGGAGCCAGAGGAGAGCAGGGUGGCUCUGGAAAGCAGGCUUCCAGCCGAGAACCGUGCUGCCUGGCCAUGCACUGGGUGCUCUGGCCAAGGUGGCUGGCAGGCAAGGGGCUGCCCCUCCUGGGGGCAGUGCUGCUGCAUAAGAGAGAGAAGAGGGGACCUCAGUGGAGGCAAUGGCGGCAGGAAACCCACCCAUACUAUGACCUCCAGGUGAAGGUGCUGAGGGCCAGAAAUAUCCAGGGCACAGAUCUGCUGUCCAAAGCCGAUUGCUACGUGCAGCUGUGCCUGCCCACUGCGUCCUCCAGCCCCACCCGGACAAGGAUGGUGGCCAACUGCAGUGACCCCAAGUGGAACGAGACCUUCCACUACCAGAUCCACGGUGCUGUGAAAAAUGUUCUGGAGCUCACCCUCUAUGAUAAGGAUAUCUUGGACAGUGACCAGCUCUCCCUGCUACUGUUUGACCUGAGGAGCCUCAAGCCUGGCCAACCCUACAGACACACCUUCCUACUCAACCACCAGGACUUACAGGAGCUGCAGGUGGAAUUUGUUCUCGAGAAGAGCCAGGUGCCCGCAUCUGAAGUCAUCACCAAUGGGGUCCUGGUGGCUCACCCCUGUCUGAGAAUCCAGGGCACCCUCGGGGAAGAUGGCACAGCCCCACAUCGAGAGUAUGGCUCUAGGCAGAUUCAGCUGACAGUGCCUGGGGCCUACGAGAAGCCACAGUUCUUGCCCCUGCAACCCCCCAAAGAGGGAGGCCUGCCAGCCACCUUCACCUUCCACGUGAAUCCAGUGAUCAGCUCCAGGCUGGAUGUGGACCUAGGGGAGAAGCUCACAGUGCUGCAGGGUGACCCAAGUGCUGAGCUAGAGACCCAGACCAGCAAGCUGGGUGACGGGGGCAUCCUGCUCUCUUCUUUGGCCUUAGGCCAGGAGGAAAGGCAUUUCGUGGACCUGGGGGAGGACCAGGAGGUGGUUCUGAGUAUGAAGGCAGAAAUGAGCUCUGGAGACCUUGACCUGCGCCUUGGCUUUGGCCUGUGUGACGGGGAACAGGAGUUUCUGGACAAGAGGAAGCAGAUCGUGUCCAAGGCCCUACAGCGGAUGCUGGGAUUGAGCCAGGCUCCUGACAGUAGCCAGGUGCCUGUGGUGGCUGUGCUGGGUUCGGGAGGUGGGACCCGAGCAAUGUCUUCCCUGUACGGCAGCCUGGCAGGGCUGCAGGAACUCGGCCUCCUGGACACCGUGACCUACCUGAGUGGGGUCUCUGGGUCUACCUGGUGCAUCUCCACCCUCUACCGAGACCCAGCCUGGUCCCAGGUGGCCUUGCAGGGCCCCAUUGAACAUGCCCAGGCUCGGGUCUGCAGCAGUAAGAUGGGGGCCAUGUCCCUGGAGCGCCUACAGUACUACGCCCAGGAACUGGGGAGCCUGGAAGGCAGUGGCCACAGUGUUUCCCUCAUCGACCUCUGGGGUCUCCUCAUUGAGUAUUUCCUCUACCAGGAGGAAAACCCCGCCAGGCUGUCUGACCAGCAGGAGGCCGUCAGCCAGGGCCAGAACCCUUACCCUAUCUACGCCAGCAUCAAUGUCCUCACCCACAUCAGCGGGGAAGACUUCGCAGAGUGGUGCGAGUUCACCCCCCACGAGGUCGGCUUCCCCAAGUAUGGGGCUUACGUCCCCACUGAGCUCUUUGGCUCUGAGUUCUUCAUGGGGCAUCUGCUGAAGCCCUGGCCCGAGCCCCGGAUCUGCUACCUGCAGGGUAUGUGGGGCAGUGCCUUUGCAGCCAGCGUGGAGGAGAUCUUCCUGAAGACUGCGGGCUCAGGCCUCAGCUUCUUGGACGGGCACAGAGGGAAAGUAAACAUCACAGAUGACAGCCAGAAGCUCCAGCUGCAUGGCCCCACACGUCUGCAGACCAGGCUCUUCACCCCCCAGGGCCCCUUCUCCCAGGCUGUGCUGGACAUAUUCACCUCCCGCUUUACCUCCGCGGAGAACUUGAAUUUCACCAGGGGCCUCUGCCUACACAAAGACUACGUAGCUGGCCGGGAGUUCAUGGCCUGGAAAGCUACGCACCCUGAUGCCUUCCCCAACCAGCUCACUCCCAUGCGGGACUGCCUGUGCCUGGUAGAUGGGGGCUUUGCCAUCAACUCUCCAUUCCCACUGAACCUGCUGCCCCAGAGAGCGGUGGACCUCAUUUUGUCCUUUGACUACUCCCUGGAGGCCCCUUUUGAGGUCCUACAGAUGACAGAGAAGUACUGCCUGGACCGAGGCAUCCCCUUCCCAAGGAUUGAGGUGCUCCCUGAGGACUUGGAGGAGCCCCGCGAGUGCUACGUGUUCGCCAAGACCAAGGACGCCCGCUCACCCAUCGUGCUACACUUCCCCCUUGUCAACCGUACCUUCCGCACACACCUGGCCCCAGGUGUGGAGCGACAAACAGCUGAGGAGAAGGCCUUCGGGGACUUCGUCGUCAACGGGUCAGACACUCCCUAUGGCAUGAUGAACUUCACCUAUGAGCCUGAGGAGUUUGAGCGGCUGGUGGCUCUGAGUCGAUACAAUGUUCUGAACAACGCGGAGACCGUGAGACACGCCCUACGGCUGGCUCUGGAGCAGCGGCAGGCUGGGGACAGGGCUGGAGCUGACCAGGCUGGAGGGGAGGACCGUGAGGGAGAGUAGCCACCGUGGGCUCCAGACCGGGGCUUGAGGGAGGAGGAGUGGUAGAUGCUGAGGGGCUCCUGCUUCCCAUGUUACAGGGACGUGCUUAAGUCCUCCAGGCCCCAGAAAGCUCCUGCAGAAUGGCAGCUGGGCUUUGGGGCUGGGCCCUUCUCAUAGGUGUUUCUGGGAUAUGAUGGGGCAGUAUGUCUCUCUGGGGCUCUUGGGGAAGGGGGGCAGAGGUGAGCGGUGCUCAUUUUACAUUGGAGUGUAGAGGGGAUCAGGCAACAGUCUAGCCCCAGGGCCUGCCCCAAACCCAGAAGGACCUUAGAGGGCCCAGGUCUUCAGACCCUCACCAGACUGGGAGCUGUGAGAGCUGAGGCACAGGUUUCUCUCCUUAAGCUGAGGCCAAAAGCAAAGAUUCCUCCAUCUAAUCUACACUUUUGCAAAUGGCCAGGCUCCUGGAUGCAGUGCUCAGUGCUAUCAUGAAUAAAGGGGGGCCUCCUGGGCUGCCAGUUUGGAUUACUAAUUCCAUCCUUCAGCCUGCUGACUCUCCUUUGCCCCUGGCCUCCCCUGUGCCCCUCACUGCUCACCAUCCUCUGCUUAGCCUCCUGAAGGCUGUGGGAUGGUACCCCCCCAUCCUGGUGAGGCUCCCACUGAUGGGUGUGCUCAUGUCUCCCUGUUAAUUACUGAUGCUUCGCUCUUUAAACUCGGGCCACGCGCUCUCCUCAUGUGCUGCUACCUCCUGCAAAUAGGCUCGGCAUUCCCGGAAGCUCAAUGGGUGUGUCUAGAGGGUGCGUUUGUUUAUCGGGGAGCACAGGAAGUGUGUGCCUGCAAAUGUGUGCGUGUUCCUAGUGAGGGUGGGGCGGGCGAGCACCUGUCUGUUGGCCAGGGAUGGGCAGUGGUAGAGGGCGCCUGGCUGGGAACUCAGAGGCCUGGGUUCCUGCCCCUUUCACAGACACAUGCUAUGAUCUGGGCAAUCUGCCCCUCUCUCCCCCUGUCUUUCAUCUCUCCUGACCCACAUGGGAUCCUCUGAAUACCAGGAGCAUCUCUAGCAUGGCCAGAUUUUAUGUCUGUAGAGAGGAGAUCCACUCUGACUAGGUGUGAUCUGGGGGCCCUCAGGCCAUAAGCAUUCUGCAGGCUUCUUCUCCCUACCUCCAUCCCACCCAGCGCGGAGCUGCCUGGGGCCCUUCAGUGGCCCGGAUGCCAUACUCUCUUGAACCCUUGCUUCUACUGCCCUCUCCUCCAGAGUGCUCUCUUGGGCUGCAGCCUUCCCCUUCCAUCCUCUCUAGACCAAAGUCACAAUUGCUCUUUCAGUCAGGGACACCUAUUAGAGGAAGCCUCACCCGUCCUGACUCUGGGAAGAAAACCCUCAUUCUGGCUCCCAGCUGGGAGGUAGGUCGUUAGAUCCCAGCCUGUGCCCCCAGCCUGGCCUGACCUGGGACCCCCAGGCCUCCAGCUGGACAUGAGCAGGAGGGCUGAAGGAGCCAGGCCUCAGAAGGCCCAGUGCUUUGGGCUGGCAUGGGGAGGGGGGCCAGUUUGGUUCUCUCCUCACCAUUGCUGCCCGUCAUAGACCACCAGCCCUGUCUUGGCUCAGCAAUGAGAGGUUUCCUUUGGGGUAGCCCCAGGCUGGACCCUGAGCUCCCGCUAUGGCCACUGUCAUCACCCCUGCUGUGAUGACAUCAUCAGUAACUUAUUAAGACCCCCAUAGAGUUCAUAAUUUAGAACUUUGUAGAGUUCUUAGAUCUUCGUGGAGGAAUCUUUGCUUAGAAUCUUCAGUCAGUCUGUCUUUAAUGCCUCGGAUAGCCCCAGUCUGUCUCUGGCUCCUGGAGGGUAGAGAUUUCUGUCUGUUUUGUUUGCUGCUGUAUCUUCAGUGUUUAGAGCCAUGCCUAGCAGAUAGUAGAUGCUCCAAAAAUAUUUGACAAAUAAAUGAAUGAGAUCCUACAUUCUAAAGAGACGGAUCAUUAACCCCCAACCACGUAAAGAUGUACACCGCUGUCCUCCAGUGGUUCUUAACCCAAGUGGACCUUUUUGAAAAGCUGAUGAAAGCCAUGGACACUCUCCCGAGAAAAAUGCACACAUAUAUGCAAAACUGCCUACAACAAGAGCUCUGUUUCACUCUGUGAUCACCACCCCGGGGUGCAGGGGCUGGUGUUUGCUCUCCAGGCCAGCAGGUUUAAAGCAGGCACAUGGGCUUGUACAGAGUUGGGAGGUACCUUGAUUCACACAGAAGUGUAGGAAAUGCCACCUUGGCUCAGAUUAGGUUCGGGAAGAUGUAAUGAGAUAAGGGUGGGAGAGCUAGAAAGGGGAGGCUGGUCUCCCUAGCUAAGAAACUGGUCAGCAGGUGCAGGGGUGAGCUCAGCCAGGGAAUGGGGAACCAUCACCAGGAUUGAAUCUGGGCGCCAACUAGAGGGAGGAGUUGGGGGUCAAGGAUGACCUGGCCAGUUUGGCUCCUGCUCCUUGGUGAGGAGGGAUCUAAGGCUAUUUCUACUGCAUUUCUGCCCCAUUUCCAACCCAGGCACAAGAUGGCCAGAAACAUGUUUCAAGGUCCCGAGGGUGACCAGGUUGGAGGGAUUUGGCCCCAGGAACACAGCUUGAGUCACUCUGAGGCUGGGCAGAAACACCGGAGCAAGGAUGUCAUUCCUUCUUGUCAGAUCCCCUCAUCAGGCAAAGGAAGAAAAGGGUGGCCACCAAGGCUGCCAUGCAUGGCUGCACACGUUGUAUACUACAGAAUUCCAGGAGGUGCCAUUCAUAUGAAGUGACGAUAUGAACUUGCCCAGUGGGCUUGUACCACAUGGCAGCCCUGGGCCCACAGUCUUAGCUCAAGGCGUGUGAGAACAGACACUGGUUCAAAUACUAGGCCUUCUGGCUUCUUCAGAUAUAUCUCUGGGCAUUCACAAGAAGAAGAAAAAAGAAAGAGGUGCAGGGCAGAUGUGGGGGUGGAAGGAGGGAAAGGAAGAAAGGAAGGAAGAAGGAAGGAAAGGAGAGACAGAAGAAAGAGAAGCGUUUUCUUCUUUCAUUGGCUGGCACAGCACCGGGAGGGGGCCUCUGGUGUUGGCAGGGGGCGGGUUGGCGUAGGUGCCCUCCCACCCUCUCCAGAGUUCAGUCCCUGCAGCUAAUUGCCUCACUGCUACUCCAUUCUUUUGCUCAGAGUUUACAUGAAAGCUCCCUCACUUCAGAUGGAGUCAUUCUUGGAGAGGAGGAAAGGAGGAUUACCUGCAUUACUCUGCAUGCCUCCAUUUCCCCCCCAGUCCCCACUCUAUAGCGGUUGAAAAUCCACAGGAACACAGAACAGGGUAGGGAGUCCAGGACUCUUCCCCAUGCAGGAGAGAGGGGUCUACACUGGGGCUGUCCUGCCAGUCAGGGAGGUUGGUCACCAGAGUUCAGGGUCGGGAAUUAAUUUUUUCUAUUAGGCCACGUGAGGCACAGGAAAUAUUAAGCAAGUAGGAGCCCAUAUAUAUUUUAAAACUUUUAUUUUGUGGGGCGCCUGGAUGGCUCAGUUGGUUGAGCGUCUGACUCUUG